AUGAAUAAUCCAUAUGGUUAUUACAGCCAUGGAUAUCCUUAUCCUCAUAAAAGAUCAUAUCCUAAGUACAAAGCAGCAGUUCCUCCUCGUCGUCCUGCUGGAUACACUAGCUAUCAUGAAUAUGAGGAUUAUUAUCCUUAUCCUUCUCGUAAUUAUCAAGGAUACCCUAAGUAUGAUGCACCAACAACAAAAGCUCCUCCUCCUCAUCAAUGUAGCUAUCAUGAAUACGAGGAUUAUUAUCCUUAUCCUUCUCGUAAUUAUCAAGGAUACCCCAAGUAUGAUGCACCAACAACAAAAGCUCCUCCUUCUCAUCAAUGUAGGCCAAAAAAAGAGGGUUCUUUGACAUCCAUGCUUUCAUCUGUUGCUGGAAGUAUUGGUGCUUCUUUCAUCUCUUGCCUUUUCUUUAAUUAG